AUGGGAGCCCGAGGAGCAUUCCACCUCCUGCUCGUGUGCCUGAGCCCAGCGCUGCUGUCUGCUGUACGGAUCAACGGGGAUGGUCAGGAGAUCCUGUACCUGGCGGAAGGUGACAAUGUGAGGCUGGGCUGCCCCUACAUCCUGGACCCUGAGGACUAUGGUCCUAAUGGGCUGGACAUCGAGUGGAUGCAGGUCAACUCAGACCCCUCACAUCGGGAGAAUGUGUUCCUUAGUUACCAGGACAAGAGGAUCAACCAUGGCAACCUCCCCCACCUGCAGCAGAGGGUCCGCUUUGCAGCCUCAGACCCCAGCCAGUAUGAUGCCUCGAUCACCCUUUCGAACCUGCAAGUCUCCGACACAGCCACCUAUGAGUGCCGGGUGAAGAAGACCACCAUGGCCACCAGAAGGGUCAUCAUCACUGUCCAAGCACGGCCUGCGGUGCCCUUGUGCUGGUCUGAGGGCCACUUUACACAUGGCAAUGAUGUGGUGCUGAAGUGCUUUGCCAAUGGGGGCAGCCCACCUCUCACCUACAAGUGGGCCAAGAUCAGCGGGCAUACUCACCCCUACCGUGCCGGGUCCUACCAUUCUCAACACAGCUUCCACUCUGAGCUCUCCUACCAGGAGUCCUUCCACAGCUCCAUCAGUCAAGGCCUGAACAACGGUGACCUAGUGUUGAAGGACAUCUCCUACAAGGAUGAUGGGCUGUAUCAGUGCACAGUGGCCAACCACGUGGGCUACAGCGUGUGUGUGGUGGAGGUGAAGGUCUCAGACACCCGGCGCAUAGGAAUCAUCAUCGGCGCAGUGCUGGGCUCUUUGCUCGCGCUGGGCUGCCUCUUGGUGGGCAUCUGGGGGCUCAUCUGCUGCUGCUGCGGGGGCGCCGGGGUCGGCGGCGGCUCCCGCGGUCCCUUCGGCUACGGCGGCGGGGUCGGCGGCGGGGUCGGCGGAGGGGCCUGCGGCGACUUGUCUAAUGAGAUCAGAGAGGACGCCGUGGCGCCCGGGUGCAAGGCCAGCGGGCGCGGCAGCCGCGUCACCCACCUCCUGGGGUACCCGACGCAGAACGUCAGCCGCUCCCUGCGCCGCAAGUACGCGCCUCCGCCCUGCGGCGGUCCGGAGGGCGUGGCCCUGGCGCCCCGCCCCGCCCCCGCGGCCGCCGCCUGCGAAGCGGGCCCCUCCCCGGUCUACGUCCAGGUCAAGAGCGCCGAGCCCGCCAGCAGCGCCGCCGAGGGGCAGCUGCAGAGCAAGGACGGCCUCCUGGUGUGA